AUGGCUACCAUAUUUCCUACUAUUAAGACGGUCAACACUUUUAUUAUUGAUGGUGUUGGUUCGGGAGGCGAUUAUCACAAUGUAUGCUGCUAUCUCUUCUCAAGUGAGGUGUACUGUUUGUACAUUAACAUUUUAUUUCAGGUGAAAGGUGGACAUUGGCUCAUUGACUCUCCCAUUGCAACGCCGAUGGCACGAUGGGAGCAAUACCGAAGCUCUCGAACUAGCUGGGGUAUAAAUGUCCUGGGGUCCUUUUGCGUUGAAAUAGAAGCAACGGAUGGUACCAAGGGGUUUGCAACCGGGUUUGGAGGCCCCCCAGCAUGUUGGCUAGUGGCACAGCAUUUUGAAAGAUUCCUGAUAGGUGCAGACCUAGCUAUCUGGGACUUGCUGGGGAAAAUCCGCAAUGAACCAGUUUACAAGCUUAUCGGUGGUACAACCCGAUCCCGCCUGGAUUUUUACUGCACUGGCCCAGAGCCGGGUUAUUCAAAGGCAAUGGGAUUUUCCGGUGCCAAAGUAGCGCUCCCCUAUGGCCCUGAUGAAGGUGCAAGUGGUCUAGCUAGGAACGUGGAAUAUCUACAACAACAACGGGAGAAGGUCGGCCCAAACUUCCCGCUACGAGUCGACUGUUACAUGUCUCUGAAUGUUCCAUAUACAAUCGAGCUGGUCAAAGCUUGUGAGGCCGCAGGUAUCAACAUUGACUGGUGGGAGGAAUGCUUGUCCCCCGAUGAUGUCGACGGUCAAGCAUUGCUCAAGAGGGCUCAUCCAACUAUCAAGUUCACCACCGGUGAACAUGAGUACUCUAGAUAUGGCUUCCGAAAGCUUAUUGAGUCCCGAAAUCUAGAUAUUGUACAGCCAGAUGUUAUGUGGGUGGGAGGAAUGACGGAAUUGCUGAAAAUAUCUGCAAUGGCAGCUGCUUACGAUAUUCCCGUUGUCCCACAUGCUUCUGGCCCUUAUUCUUACCAUUUCGUUGUGUCUCAGCCGAAUUCACCAUUCCAGGAAUACCUGGCUAACUCACCUGACGGAAAGACUGUACAGCCUGUAUUUGGCGAUUUGUUCCUGAACGAACCGAUUCCUUCCAAAGGUUAUCUUGAUGUCAGUGCCUUGGAUGAGCCUGGUUUUGGGCUUAAGUUGAAUCCCGCUGCAAAGCUCAUACCCGCACGUUAUAUCCUUACCCCUGGCCCACAGGUAUCACUUCGCGACAAUAGCAUCGCUUCACGAAAGGAUGGAAAGCAUGGUAGCGAAAAUUCUGUCCCAAUAACCAAUGGGACUGUACCAUAG